UCGGUAGCACGCAAGGCAAGGGAAAAUGGUGCGCGCUUAAGUUCGGAUCGACAUCCAUCCUCUUUUUUUCUUUUUGUUCUCAGCUUGACCGGCCAAGCCACUGACUUAUUGUCUUGAGCAAUUGGACCAAUUGAGGAACAAUGGCGCUCCUGGGCUUGAACAAUAUGGCGAGAUGGUUUGUUCUUGUUAAUGUACUCGUGGGAUUGUGCUUAGCACAUCCCGAUGCGAGGUACCCACCGAGGAAUGCCGUUGGAAAGGGCUCGAGAAGAGCGCGCAGUCCUCUUGCUCGAUUCAAUGAUAUUGUAGCUGGAGAUGCAGUGUUGGCGGCGACGACAAGCGAAAGUGCGCCCGCUGCUACGAGCACGCCACUGGAAUGUUUUCAAGUUUCCGAACCGGUAUUGGCCCCAGCUGAAGAAUCCGCUGGACAAACGGUGGUUUUGAUGGAGCAUUCAUUCGCCAGCAGCUAUGGUAGUCCGUUUGUCGGCAAUUACACACCACCGGAUUUUGAAUUCGAUCACGUAGUCAUCAACUUCACCGUUUUAGUGAAAGGACGACAAUAUGAUCGAACGGGCGUAUUCUACAUCGGAGAUACCGAAGUGUGGAGAACGUCAACUGCCGAGCCUACAUCCUACGGCAUCCGCUGGUCAUGGUUGAAAGACCUGACUCCCUUUACGUCUCUCUGGAAGCAGCCGCAGACUCUUAUCUUCGACCUGGAAAAUAAUGUGGAUGCUACGUACACGGGGAUCCUAAAUACGACGCUUACGGCGACAUUCUUCAAAAGCCCUGCAGCUAUCGCUGCUAGUACCCGUGCGCCCGCCGAUCUGAUCAUCCCCAUUUCCACAAGAAAUGGGUCGGCUGGGCAGCCAAGCCAAUUCGUGUACCCGGAUCAGAACGCCACUAAUACUGUCGGCUUCCCGCAGAACGCUAAUCGCGCUGUAUUUACAGUGGAUGUUAAGGCCCAGGGCGAUGAGGAAUUCUGGUGGAGUAAUGUGCCACAAAGCGCCAUCAAUACCUUUGAAGCUGAAUACGGCACGUACCCCGGUUACUCGCCUUUCCGAGAAGUGCAGGUUUUAAUUGAUGGUGAACUCGCCGGAGUUGACUGGCCCUUUCCGGUGGUUUACACCGGAGGUGUUGUUCCUCAAUUGCACCGACCAAUUGUUGGACUCCAAGCGUUUGAUAUCAAGGAACAUGAAAUCGACAUCACGCCUUGGCUACCGCUUCUCUCCGAUGGCAAGGAGCACACAUUCACCAUCCAAGUUGUCGGUCUCGAGGACGAUGGAGUGUCAAGCGCUAAACUCUCCUCUACCGUAGACGAGGAAUGGUACAUAACCGGCAAGAUCUUCGUCUGGCUCGACGACGAGGACUCCAUCACAACCGGUGUACUAGGCUCCGCAUACGCCAGCGAACCCAGUAUUUCAUUCUCGCAACGAUUCACGCAGAAUGCAUCAGGCGCCAACGAAACCCUCGACUACACAAUCGCAGUAACGCGUACGCUAUCCAUCAGCUCGUACGUGAAAACACAAAAGGGCGAAGGUACAGCGACAUGGACGCAAUCACUCUCAUACUCCAACAACGGCGGCCUAUCUGCACAAGGUUACGAUAACAUAAACACCUUCGGCAUCGCCGGCGCCGACGCCGCCACGGGCGCAGGGUUGGAUAUUUCGUACUCGUCUAGUUAUAGCUACCCGCUCUUCUGCAACAGCACUUCCGCGUACUCACCCGAGGGUAAUCUAACCCUACAAGCGGACCUGAACCAAACCUUAGUCCACGAAGUACGCGGUGACUCCGUGUUUCCAACCGGUCUCGAAGCAUUCCUCGCCGCAAACGGGACCAGCGCUGACGCGCCGCCGUUCGUGGGUUCGUUGCUGAGCACGUGGAAGAAUGGUUCUGCGACGUAUGAGAGGCCUGCUGAUAAUAGUAAUAGUACGGGUGUUGGGUCGGCGCAUCAGGAAUUUUCGUUCCGGGGUGUGUUUGAUGAGGAGGAGGAUGGUACGCCGCGUAGUGCGGAAUUGUAUUAUCGUGAUGUUAGUGCGUAUAAUGAUACUGUUACGGAUAAUUCGGUUGUGUUGGGGAAGGCGGAGUAACUUGGGUAUGAGCUUGAAUAGCUUGGGUAUGAAUGAGAUGUUAUGAUGUAUAUGAAAUGGGUGGUUUAUAUAUAUUUUAUGAU